UCAUCAUCACCGUAAUCGCUUUUGUUUCUAUGGCUCUUUCUAUUGCGUCUUGUGCAGAUGCCGCGGGAUUCGUCGACUUCCGCCCACGGGAGGAAGGAAACCUCCGCUAGCAAGAUUUGUCAACUUGUCUGGGGUUGAGUUUUCCGUUCUGGGGUGUCCAACAAUCUCUGCUGCCCGCUCUCAUGUGGAAUUCGGAUAUAUUACAGUCUCCGGAGGAGCAGGCAGCUUUGCCUCCGGAGGGCGUGUCAUUACCUCCCUUGCCGACAGCUGAGCCGGAGACCGAUUUAUUUGGGGGUGGAGGGGAAUGGUUGACAUGGAAUCAGCUUAUGCCUGAAGAGGACGUUAUUGCCAGUUGCUGGACCCAGCUUAUCGAUGUCGAGCAAGACGAUGGAAGGACCUUGAACCAAUCCAUAAAGUAUGUGCCACUUCAGACGCCCCUUCAGGUCGAACCGUUGGCUUCACACCCGCCUACUUCUGAAUAUCCAACAAGUUCAUCGGGUGCCGUGUCUUGCGGGAGUCCGAAACCAUCUUCCUCAGCAGCUGCCAAAGAAGCUUCAGCUUCAAAGUCUCGACUUCGAUGGACUCCAGAGCUCCAUGAGAAAUUCGUAAUAGCUGUGGCGCACUUGGGAGGAGCAGAUCGUGCAACUCCGAAGGCUGUACUGAGAUUGAUGGGUGUUCAAGGCAUAACUAUCUACCACGUGAAAAGCCAUCUCCAGAAAUAUCGACUUGCAAAGUAUAUGCCAGAGAUCUCGGAAGAAGCAAAAGCUGAACGGAGAAAGCACGACUGUUUGUUGACAUCUCUUGAUCUUGGAUCGGGUCACCAGAUUGCACAAGCAUUGCAAAUGCAGAUGGAAGUGCAGAAGAAGCUUCAUGAGCAGCUUGAGAUCCAGCGAGAGCUUCAACUACGCAUUGAAGCUCAAGGUCUAUCGCUGCAAAAAAUGCUUGAACAACAGGCUAAAUUAAACCACCCUGACUUGCCCAGUGGUGAGCCCUCUGCACCAGCAAAUGUAGUUGUUCCUACUCCAUCGUCUCUGGCGCCCUCUAAUAGCAGUAAUACAACCACUCUCUUGGAGGAGCAACCUACAGGGAGUGGUUUAGUGACUCACACACCGUCAUAUACUGAUACGACGAUGGAGAGAAGCAAGCAGAAGCAAAUUGAAGCAGGAUCAACCUCGCCCACAUCACUUGAUGGGCAUGCUGCAAAGAGGGCACGUACAGAUGCUAGUCCCCAGGUGAAUUUGUCUGGCCAAGAGCACAAUUUUCUGGCUCCAAGUACCAAACCUUCUUGUACAUGGGAAUCUUUCUCACACCAGUCGCCACAAUUCCAGCGGCUUACAAGAACAGGACAAGAUCCACAGUAUUUGCAGACCCCAACUUCAGGAGGUUCACCUCAACAAGCUCAUGCAGAUUCUAUACCUCAGCACCCUGGGCGUGCAGCUCAAAAGCCUGUGCAAGCGUGAGGGCGGAUUUGUCUUCUGUACAAAUUCUUAUGUUGUUCUUUUUAUUUAAAAUUUUUAUAUGAGGCCAGCUGGUUUGCCCCGACCCUCUUUGUAGAAGGAGAGGUCGGAGAAGGAGCUUUAUACGAUGUUGCUGCCAAUCUGCCAUGAGCUGAACGAGUUUUUUUUUCGUUUGGGAUGAGAUUGUGGUCGGAUGCAGUACAAUAGCAAGUCGAGUUUGGGUAAUCUCUGAAGUGCCAAGUUUUGGAGGUAGCCGGCAUAAUGGCGAAUUUUAUGCCAUUUCAUAAAGAGAUACGUCAUGAGUUCAAUCCAGGUGGUUGGAUUUAGAGCGCUCAAAGGUGAGCACAUUUCUGGAUUUUAAUAUGUAUUGAAUCCCAUGGUUGCUGGUUCAUUCCAGCAUUCAUUGCCCUUCGUUGAGCCAGGUUAUUCUUUGGUUACUUAACCUUCCUGUAGGGUGGCUUCUCCUAUCCUCACUUCGAUGUAAUGACACUGAUUGUAAUAUUCUCUUGAAAGAGCUUGACACCCUGUUUGCCCUCUUUACUAA